AUGUCAACUGCGUCUCCUUUGUUCCUCGUUUCUGCGAUCAAAUUCUUCUGUUUACUUUACGUCGCGACAUCGACGGAAUCGACGAACGACACGAUUGGUCGUCGAUUCAAAAGGGAAUUUGAAGCCAAAUACCUCGUCUUCCCUCAGGGAAGCAACAUUCAACUGGUGUACUGUCUGACUAUGAGCACUUAUACGAAACCCUCUGGACUCUUUACCCUCGGGAUCACCGCCGGUCAAGCAUGGGAAUUGCCCAGCGAGAGCACGAUAUCGGCCGAUCGUCUGGAUGUAUAUCAUCGCCGAAGCAGAAGGGAACUCUAUCGCAAAAUGGAGUCGCUAUUGGGAACUCAGGGCAAGGACGGAAGGGCCUGCAUCCUCAAGGCAAUCUGCAGGGCUGCCAGGAGAAAUCGAACGGAGACAAGGAAAGGAGCCUUCCUCGAGGAGAUCAUGAAUGUCGUUUUCUCAUUACCCGGGAAGUUGGACGACGCGGAUACUGUGACCGAGUACGAGAAAGCAUAUUACUGCCGAGAGAAUUGCGGGGAAAUGGAAGAAAGGUGUCCGGACGCCUUCUAA